AUUUAACAGGAGUCUAAUGUAUUUAGAGACAGCACUGCAGAACGCCGGCGAUCGUGACCAUGUUCAGUGGUAUUUCACUUAAGUACCUGUGUCUCUGCUCGUGCAGGAAGUACUGAACAAUUCUGUGAAUAAAUCUCUUUAAAUCCACUGAUUAUAAUGAUUCAGUUACACCCAAAAGCAGAUACCUCUAUCGGUACACAUUAUGUAAGUACCCUCAGACCUGCUUUAGUUCUUAACGACGUGGUUGCAGUGCUCCGUCUCAUACCACAGAUUAUUGGACUAAGCACAGCUUGAGGCCAUUUUCUUUUAGUGCACUGUUGUGUUCAAGAAAAGCCCAUUGAUGUCUACUUCCUGCCGGAAGUGGCCAUUAGACAAUAGGUACACUGUGGUCAUGAAGGGAUGGAAAUGGUCUGCAAAGAACCCUGAGAUUGAGUUAAAUAACAUCUGGGCCCAACUGUAAAAGCUUGAAGCUGUCGCUAAAACUAGCAUCGUAGAGGACACUCCAGACUCAUAAGAAUUAAACCGAAGAAAUAACGAUGCGACACACUUUUAAUGGCGUGUUUCAAAAUGUUGGUUUGACAUGGAUUCAUCAUUUCACGACAGACGUGACAAAAACGCGUAUUUAAGAUGAAAAAUUAAUCUGUAAGAAAACAGGUCAUUAAAAGAGAUUGAAUUGUAAUGUAUGUUUUAAGAUUUAAUUCAUUUAUUUUUGUAUUUGAAUCGCGUCUUUGAGGACCUGAACAUGCCCCAAAACUCACAGAUUUCUGCGACAGAGCUGGUGAUUGUCUACAUCUGAAAGUGGUUCAGUUAAUGCGCGUCGAAGAAUUGGAUGUGGGAGGGGCCAAUAAAUGCGCCGCCCCAUCCAAAUUCACCGUGAACGACACAAUUAUCCUAUAUGCACGGAAAUUUCCACACAUGUAGAAGGACGAGAUGAAGGAAAAAUGACAUUGUGACCGUGAUCCACACCCAACAGGAAAUCCAUCUUGGACUGAACGUUCACUUUUUGGCGAUUUUACACCAAUGGUAUUUGAACGAACUUGUCCUAGAGCUUUUAUGCGUUCAUUUUCAAACUUGUUCAAUUUCUAUCCGUUGAUGCGUUGUUUAUGUGCGCAAAACACCAGGUAAAGUGCUGUUAUUUACCGGCGCUGCUUACAAUGGAUACUUUACAGUCCAUUUUUCAACCUGUAGGUGACGUGAUGUCAUAAGACGACACCAAGAACAUGUCGUCACAUUAGCGAUGUCAUCACGGUACAUGUCAUGAAAAGGGUAACACAUCAAAGGACAGCGGUAACUUUGGAGCUCGAUAAGUAGUGGGUGAUUAACUUCAAUAUCACAACCAAGCAAGCAAGCCCUUCAGUCACAGAUCACACCCAAAGAGCGUGGAACAUUUGUUUUCAAACAGCAAAUUUCUUCAACAGAAGGCCAGCAAUUUGUGAAAGGAUUGUAAGUGAAAAUGAAUGCCUGCGGAGAUGGAGUUCACGUCGGUAGGAAUCGUCCAUGUUUUCAACUGUUACCAAUGGGAGACGUGCCGACAGCUACUCAGCUCAGCAAUGCGGACAUGGAAUGGUUGGAUUUUGCAUGGUAUCUGGGAAUCGAGGAGUCUGAAUAUGUCGACCUUAUGUACCACUUGCAACACAGCAGAGGUGACGAUAUUUUCAACAUAUUCCAACACGAAGACCUCGAUGACGAUGACAACCUCGAUGAUAUUGACAACGUCCCCUACAUUGCGGACGACGAAGAUGACCUCAGCGACAUUGAAGAAGAGCCUGGUCCUGGUGGAGAGGUGGGCUUUAACCAGGAUUUAGACGAAGACAACAACAUGAUGGAUGGGGGAUCUGAUGAGAGGUCAAGAGACCUCGGUUUGGACUUUGAGGAAGGUACCAACGGACACAUUGGGUGGUGGAGUGAAUUUGAUGACACUGACAUAGACAGCGAUGUGGAGAAUAACAGAGACACAAACGAUGCAGCAGUCAUCGAAGAAGACCCACUGCCUGGCAACAUGAACAGUUGGGACCCUGGUGACGGACGUAUAGAUGAGAACACUCGAGGUCCCAACUCUGGAGAUUCAAGCAAUCCCAAUAAUGUAGAUUCUGGCCAUAGUAGAAAUUAUAAGACUACUCAAAAUUGUCCAGGCAGAAAUGCAGGUUCUGAUACUGUGGUUGCUGAAGAAGAACCCCUGCCAUGUUCAUCAAAGAAAAGGUCCAGAGAGAUGGAUGAACAGGAGCCUGAGGCAAGUUGCAGCAAACGAUUCAGGUGGUGCAGUGAGUUUGAUGACCACAACAGUGACGGCAGCUUAGACGAUGUCUUUUCAGGAGACUUUAGUGACCCCAACAGUGCCAGUGCAGAUUCUGGGCAUAGAAGUAAUAUAAAGAGUUGUCACAAUCCAUCAGACAGAAAUACAGGUACUGAGGAAGAAUCUUCGCCAGCUCCAUCCAAGAAAAGGUCAAGAGAGGAGAAUGAAGCAAGCGAGAAACGAUUAAGGAGUCUGAAUCAGUCUGAAAUGGAGAGUGCUGAGUCGACAGUGGUUGUCGAGGAGGAUCCACAGCCUGGCAGAAGUAGAAGAGAUUAUGAGAAUAGUCCACAUUUUUCAGACAGUAAUGCAGGUUCAGAAGCUGCGGUUGCUGAAGAACUACCAGCUCCAUCCAAGAGAAAGUAUGAACAGGAUUCUGAAGCACGGAGAAGCAAGCUCUUCAAGUGUUGCAAUCAGUUUGUCGACUCGGACAGUGACAGCAACAUGGUCCAUGCCAAUGUUCUAUGCUUUUGUCAUCCCAACAGUGCAGAUUUGUGCAAUACCCCAACUCCUCUGCUCAGACAUGCAGGUUCUGAUGCUGAAGAAGAACCCCUGUCGGCUUCCAAGAAAAGGUCAAGAGAGCAGAACGAAGGAAGCAACAAACGAUUCAGUUGUUUGGUUGAGUUAAAUGAGUCAGACAGUGACAGCGACACGGCCAGUGUUAACUCCGCAGCAGAUGCCACAGAACACCUAUUGCCUGGCAAUACAGACAAUCCUGACUCUGGCAGUAAUAGAUCAGAUGGAAAUACUCAAUAUGAUGCUCUUAACACAGACCAUGCCAACUCCAGAGCCUCAAGUGUCUCCAACAGUUCUCGCUAUAGUGGGAAUGGCAGGAAUACUCUGAAUCAUCCAGACAGAAGGGCAUGUCCCAGUGCUGUGGUUGCUGAGAAUGAACUGCCAACUUUGCCCAAGAUGAGGUUAAGAGAGGAUAAUGAAGGUAGCAACAGACGAUUCAGGUGGGUGAUAGAGUUUGAUGUGGGUGACGGUGACAUGGACAGUGUGUACUCUGCAGUGGUUGCUGAGGAAGACCCAGUGCCUGGAUACAUGUACAGUAGAUUAUGUAACACUCAAGGAGAUAGUCUCAACACAGACCAUGCCAGCUCUAGAGCCUCUCGUGUCCCCAUGAGCUCAGGAGCUGGCUAUACUGAUGAUCAUCCAUUUAGAAAUACACAUUCUAAAGCUGUGGUUGCUGAGGAGGAAGCCCUGCCAGCUCUGUCCUGGAAAAGGUCAAGAGUAGAGGAUGAAGAUUCUGACGCGAUUAGCAGCAAACGAGUCCGGUGGUGCAAUGAGUUUGAUGACCAACACAGUGACGGCAGCACAGACACCACCCACUCUGAAUACUCUAACAGCCUUGGUCGUUAUAAGAAUUGUCAAAAUCAUUCACUCAGAAAUGCAGGUUUUGAUGCCGUGGUUACUGAGGAUGAAUUCCUACUGUCUGCAACCAGAAAAAGGUCAAGGGAGAGAGAUGAACAGGAUUCUGAAGCGAGUAGCAGCAAAAUAUUCAGGUCGCUCCAUGAGCUUGACGAUGGUGACACCGACGAUGGUGUCGCCGACGGUGCCAACACUGGACACUAUAGCAACAAACAAUAUCGUCCAGGCAGGAAUGCAGGUUCAGAUUUUGCUGAGGCAGGACUACUGUCUGCUCCAUUCAAGAAAAGGUCAAGAGAGAAGGAUGAACAGGACUCUGAUACAAGUAACAACAAGUUCAGGUGGUGUGAUGAGUUUAAUGACACAGACAGUGCUGACCUGGGUGCAGAAGUAACUGAGGAAAACCUUUGCUUGGCUCAUCCUGGAAAACCCCAAGAGGGCAUGAAAGAACCGUUCCGACUCUGUUGUUGGAGUUGCCGAGGGAAAGCCUCUGCAAAGUCCAAUCCUAAUGAGAUCAAGAAAGCUGAGUAGAAGAAAGGCAAAAUUAAAUAAUAAUUAAAAUAAGUUGUCUAUAUGGGGAUAGGGCAAAGCUGAGGCUCAUGAUCCACUGCACUCCCGCCCUAAAGGCAGAAGCCAAAAGAAGAGGAAAGUUGCCAAUAUGAGUUCAGCAACAACUUUGACACUGUUUGAUAAUCACACCUGGCCAAGAUCUUGCCUUGACCUCAGGAUGGUUCUUGGAGCGUCCGCUCAUCACUCGCUCUCACACUCCACUCAAACCCGAUACUAAAACUACAUGAUGAUGCCCAGGCCUAGGAAGAUUCCUGAAGGGAAUCCUGCCCAAGGGUUUUGGCUCAAGUUAAUUUUGCUCCUUGCCUUGACCACUUCUCCCCAAAUCUCCAUUUUGCACAUUUGCGUUUGGAUGGGUUUCCGUGUGAAGUGGUGUCUCGGCUCUGGAAAUGAAGAUUUUUCAGUGGGUCACACUUUAAAAGGAGGUUAAUGAGAUGACACAAUAUGAACUGAAGUAUUCAGAUGCCCAACCAUGACACCCACAAUGAGUUGGUCCAGCUUUUGCAGCUAUAACUUCCACUCUUCUAAGACUUCAAGGUUUUAAAGAGUUUCUAUGCGACUCUCAAUCUAUGUUCCAGUUCAUCCCAUAGGUGCUUGAUGGGGUUAAAGGUCAGGAGUUGGGUGUGGAAGAACUCGACUGGUCCACAAAGUCAAACCAUGUCUUUAUAGUCAUUACUUUGUCCACUGGCACACAGU